AUGGCGCCCUCUGCUGUUGAGAAGACCAAUUAUCCUCCCAUAAAGCUCCCACAUCCGUUCUUAACAACAUACCGGGUACGCUCAGUUGGCGAUACAGCACCAACCAGGCUUGCCUUGAUACUGGAUAAUGAGCCCACAAAUGGCCAACUGCUGUCUCAACCGCUGCAUCUCGCUACUCUCUCGUGGGUAGACUUGACAAGAGUACCCGACGAUCAGUGCCCACCUACGUCCGACAACAGCCCAUGGGCCAGAGCACGUCGAAGUCCGGCGACUACCUUCCAGUGGGAAGAUGAUACAGUUCCCACUCUGGGCCAGAUUUGGAACGUGAUCCACGCAAUAUUUCUGGCCUAUCCAACAUUUGAAUGCUUCAGGCUCACCUUGUUGGGGGAGGGGAAAGAAGUGGUGUCGAGGGAGUUGGCUUACACCGGCCUUGGAAUAAAACACCCGAAGCCACGGACUGGCGUAGAAGGAGACAAUACAUCUUUGACCGAGCUGGUGAUUCUUCGAAGUGCAUUUUGGCAAGGCGCAGGCUCUCCGACAGGCCCUCGGCCAAUCUGGGUUGUAGGAGACCGUACUGGUGAUUCCCUGAGAAUAAAUUUGGCCCAGUACCCGCCAAUGCCUGAGCACUACCAAAUCACGAAUAAGUUUCCAAGCCAGCCCGUUUAUACUCGCCAUCCGACGCGUCGACCAAAGCCGUGUCCGGGCUCAAUAGUCUAUAGUCGGUACAUACCAGAAAUCGAUGCCCAUUUCUCUCUUGAAGCUGUCGAUUGGCAGGACGAUGAACAUUUGAAGCUCUUCAACACCUGGCAGAAUGACCCCCGAGUUGCCAUGGGAUGGAACGAAACGGGGACACUGGAGAAGCACCGAGAGUACCUACGCAAAUUGCACUUUGACCCUCACGUCCUUUGCUUAUUCGGCCGCUUUGACGAGUCUCGUUUCGCUUACUACGAGUUGUAUUGGGCAAAAGAGGAUCACUACGGCGCCCAUUACGAUGCAGGGGCCUAUGAUCGAGGACGACACUCCCUUGUUGGCGAUGCUUCAUUCCGCGGCGCCCAGCGUGUCAACGCUUGGUAUUCCAGUUGCAUUCAUUACUGCUUUUUAGACGAUUCACGAACAGAAAACGUCGUUGGAGAACCCAAAGCGACUGGUUCGACAAUCUUAUCUUACGAAAAUUCUCAGGGUCUCACUAUUGGGAGAAGUGGUUCCAGCUAUGUCCUCUCUUUUGGGACGGACGUGAGCGGCCACUUGAAUCCGCUGAUCGUGCCGCGUGGAAUGCCAAGCUCUGAGUGA